AUGGCGGAAACCUCUUCUUCGCGUGCAGCAAAGCGAUACAGCGACAACUCUGGAGACAUGCAGCUUCAGCACAAAAAAGCCAAGACGGCUGCCGGUAUGGACGCUUUCUGAAUCCGAGCUUUUCCCAGUCUGUCGGCGCUAACAUGUAAGACUCGCCACUCGAUGGCCAGGCCAUCAUGACCCUCUGGACCGAUCUCGCCACGAAGUACGAAGACCGGUUCGAACACGUUCGCUCCACGGCAACACUGCAGCUGGAAUUCUUCAGAAAGGAUGUCCAUGUCAAAGGCAGGUACGAGCCGCUAGACUGGCUAAGAGAUCAACGAGACGAGUCGGCCACAGCUGAAGCGCGGUCCGAGUACAUGGUCUGUAUCGACCUUCCGUGCGAGCGACAGUAGACGUCGUUGACUAACAGGUGUUAUAGAAGCUCUGGGUGGGUUCCACCUUUGCCCUUAUCGACAUCAUCAAGCACUAUAUCAAUGUCAACGAAGAGGCGUUGCCGUGUCUCGAUGAAACCUAUGGGUACAUGGAGCAAUGCGGAGAUUCGGACCGUGGCUGGAUCCUCAAGCUCAAGAACAACACAGCAGGCCGCAUCGGCGAGGCAAAACGGGACCUUGCAACCCUGGAGGAAAACCUCGACAUGGUUUAUACCGAGUUGCAGAGGUUCCAAUUCACCGAGACGAACACAGCGAAGAUGGACACAAGACGGGAAUGA